UUGAAGACGGUGGCGGGAAGAUGAUAGUUAUAUCUGUCAUCAGGCCGGAGUUCUCCCCUACGGUAGGGCGCUGGGAGGAUGCCUUGUCCUGAGCAACCGAGGAGACUCUGCAAUGAAUCUCCUUCAUCGGAGUGGAAAACGGCGGCGAUCAGAUUCAGAUUCAUUCUCGGGAAGCGGCGGCGACAGCGGUUUCAGCCCCCAGCUCCUGUCUGGGCCGGUGCUGAGUCCACCCCCGGGCUUGGGACGCAGCCUGAAGGCCGCAGGUGCAGGGGUAUGCAAGCAAACAGAUCUGGAUGACCAAGUAGACAAGCUGCUAUUGGCAAAUUGGGGACUUCCUAAAGCAGUUCUGGAGAAAUAUCACAGUUUUGGUGUAAAAAAAAUGUUUGAGUGGCAGGCAGAGUGCCUUUUGCUUGGACAAGUCUUGGAAGGAAAGAAUUUAGUUUAUUCAGCUCCUACAAGUGCGGGGAAGACUCUUGUUGCAGAAUUGCUUAUUUUGAAUCGGGUUUUGGAAAUGCGAAAGAAAGCUUUGUUUAUUCUUCCCUUUGUUUCUGUGGCUAAAGAGAAGAAGUACUAUCUCCAGAGCCUGUUUCAGGAAGUAGGAAUAAAAGUAGAUGGGUACAUGGGCAGUACCUCUCCAACAGGGCAUUUCUCUUCCUUGGAUAUUGCUGUCUGCACAAUUGAGAGAGCCAAUGGUCUUAUCAAUCGCCUCAUAGAGGAGAAUAAGAUGGAUCUACUGGGAAUGGUGGUUGUGGAUGAGUUACAUAUGUUGGGAGACUCUCACCGAGGAUAUCUGCUGGAACUUUUGCUGACCAAGAUUUGCUAUAUUACUCAGAAAUCAGCAUCUAGCCAGGCAGAUUUAGCCAGUCCUCUGUCUAAUGCUGUACAGAUUGUUGGAAUGAGUGCUACUCUUCCUAAUUUGGAGCUUGUGGCUUCCUGGUUGAAUGCUGAACUCUAUCAUACUGACUUUCGCCCUGUACCACUUUUGGAGUCAGUAAAAAUUGGAAAUUCCAUAUAUGACUCUUCAAUGAAGCUUGUGAGGGAAUUUCAACCCAUGCUACAAGUGAAGGGUGAUGAAGACCAUGUUGUUAGUUUGUGUUAUGAGACCGUUCGUGAUAACCAUUCAGUAUUACUUUUUUGUCCAUCAAAAAAAUGGUGUGAGAAACUGGCAGAUAUCAUUGCCCGAGAGUUUUAUAAUCUACACCAUCAAGCUGAGGGAUUGGUAAAACCAUCUGAAUUUCCACCAGUGAUUCUGGAACAAAAAGCGCUCCUGGAAGUAAUGGAUCAGUUAAAACGUUCACCUUCGGGAUUGGACUUUGUAUUACAGAAUACUGUCCCAUGGGGAGUAGCAUUUCAUCAUGCAGGGCUUACUUUUGAGGAGAGGGAUAUCAUUGAAGGAGCCUUCCGUCAAGGUCUCAUUCGAGUCUUGGCAGCAACUUCUACUCUUUCUUCUGGGGUGAAUUUACCUGCACGUCGUGUGAUUAUUCGGACUCCUAUUUUCAGUGGUCGACCUCUAGAUAUUCUUACUUACAAGCAGAUGGUUGGUCGUGCUGGCAGGAAAGGAGUUGAUACAAUGGGUGAGAGUAUCUUAGUUUGUAAGAACUCUGAGAAAUCAAAGGGCAUAGCUCUACUUCAGGGAUCUCUAAAACCUGUUCGCAGCUGUCUGCAAAGACGAGAAGGAGAAGAAGUAACUGCCAGUAUGAUACGAGCUAUUCUGGAGAUAAUAGUUGGUGGUGUGGCAAGUACAUCAAAAGAUAUGCAGAUGUAUGCUUCUUGUACAUUUUUGGCUGCGAGUAUUAAAGAAGGGAAGCAGGGAAUUCAGAGAAAUCAAGAUUCUGUCCAACUUGGAGCAAUCGAGGCCUGUGUGAUGUGGCUACUAGAAAAUGAAUUCAUCCAGAUUACAGAAGACAGUGAUGGAACAGAAGGAAAGGUGUAUCGUCCAACACAUCUUGGUUCUGCUACCCUUUCUUCAUCACUUUCUCCAACUGAUACCUUAGAUGUUUUUGCUGACCUCCAAAGAGCAAUGAAGGGUUUUGUUUUAGAGAAUGAUCUUCAUAUUGUCUAUCUGGUGACACCUAUGUUUGAAGAUUGGAUUACUAUUGAUUGGUAUCGAUUUUUUUGUUUAUGGGAAAAGUUGCCAACUUCUAUGAAAAGGGUGGCAGAGCUAGUAGGAGUUGAAGAAGGAUUCUUGGCUCGCUGUGUGAAAGGCAAAGUAGAAGCCAGAACUGAAAGACAGCACCGGCAAAUGGCCAUCCACAAAAGGUUUUUCACCAGUCUUGUGCUACUAGACUUAAUCAGUGAAAUUCCUUUAAAGGAAAUAAAUCAGAAAUAUGGAUGCAAUCGUGGACAAAUUCAAUCUUUGCAACAGUCAGCUGCUGUUUAUGCAGGGAUGAUAACAGUAUUUUCCAACCGUCUGGGCUGGCACAACAUGGAACUACUACUUUCCCAGUUUCAGAAACGUCUCACGUUCGGCAUCCAGAGGGAGCUGUGUGACCUGAUUCGAGUAUCCUUGCUCAAUGCACAGAGGGCCAGGUUCCUCUAUGCUGCUGGCUUUCUUUCUGUGGCAGACCUUGCUAGAGCAGAUGUUGCUGAGGUGGAGGUGGCUCUGAAAAAUGCUGUGCCUUUCAAAAGUGCUCGAAAAGCAGUGGAUGAGGAAGAGGAAGCAGUUGAAGAACGUCGGAAUAUGCGAACUAUUUGGGUGACUGGCAGAAAAGGUUUAACUGAAAGGGAAGCAGCAGCCCUUAUAGUAGAAGAAGCCAAAAUGAUUCUGCAUCAGGACUUAGUUGAAAUGGGAGUGCAAUGGGAUCCUCACUCCCCUUUAAGUUCUGGUACAAAUUCACUGCCCAGAAGUGAGUCAGAACAGGAACACACGUUGAUAACCCAAACUAUAAGUUCUCAUAAAAGAUUAACAUCAAAGAACAAAAGUAAUAUAAGAUUUAGUGAUUCUUAUAUUAAGCAUUCACCUGAUACAGUGCAAGAUUUAGAUAAAACUAGAGAGCAUACAAGUUCCUUUCAUUGUAACUCCCAGGAUGGCAAUCAGGAACAUCAGAGAUAUUCCAUUUCCAGAGCAAGAAAGCGGGCUUCUUUGGGCAUACAUAAAAAGAAGCUGAGAACAUCUCUAAACAAAGGAAAAUCAAGCACUAGAAAAGUUGUUCAGACUUUCUCAUUAGAGAAAACAAAAAAAGCAGCUUUGAAUUUCAGUUCAGAAGAAAUGAACACAGGCUUUCAAUCUUGGAAUAAUAGAAAGCAUCAAAAACAGUCCACGGAUGGUAGUCCUAAGAAAGACUCUGGGCAGCGUGGAAUUGAUUUGAAAGGACAGACUAUGUUUAGUCCUGAUGUUUGUGAAGAACCAUUUACCGUGGAUGAGAAGAAUAUGGAAUUUAUAAGUCCACAGCCAUUUGCCAAAAAUGUACCUUUUUACACUAAGGGAAAUUACAACAAAACAUCAUUGCUGUUACAAACAGAGCAAAGCUGUUUAAAGAAAAGAACAGCAACUAAUGAGAUUCUGGAGAAAUGUUCUGUCACAGGAUUCCAAAGCAAAACCAUGACUUGUCAAGCUACUAGUGUGGUUAGUAAAAAUGGAAGAGGAUCAGCAGUUGUUGAAACAGAAAAAAUAAAUGAAGUGCUGAUACAAAAUGAUUUAAAAAAUCAGAAUGUUUCUGUGGUAUAUCAUGAUAGUCAUCCAGUUAAUCAUGGCCUGGAAAAGCAAUGUGAUAAGCCAACAGACACUAACAUCAAACAGAAAGAAAUAAUACAGAGAAAAAUGCCCUGUGAGGUAGUCAGUAGUUACAUGCAUAAAGAGCCAGUUGUUACUGCGAUCACAUGUGAAAGUAUAAAGUGUAAUAGUGAGGAAAAUAAGCCAAAUCAUUUUCAGGCAUUAGGAGAUAUACACAGAAGUUGGGUAACCAGUGGAAUAUUUCAGUCAAUGAGAACAUUUGAUAAAUCAGGAGGCCAGCAUGAGAAUUUUCUAAAUUCUUCUAGCAUAAAAGAAAAAACAAAUGCUUAUGUAACAAACAAAACUGAAAAUAAUUGUGUUUCUGACUUAGGUUUAGUCUGUGAUUUUGAAGAUAGUUUCUACUUGGAUACUCAGUCAGAGAAAAUAAUUCAACAGAUGGCAACUGAAAAUGCCAAACCAGGAGCAAAAGACACCAACCUGGCAGCAUGGACAAUACAGAAGAGUGUAGAAAAACAGGAUCUGAACCCUUUCCACAGUGAGUCUCAUAUUUCUGGUGAACAGUAUUCCCCAGGAGUCACUAACCAAGAGAGGUUGGACCUGAAGACCACAGAAACUGUGAAACAGAACACUGAAAAAGAGGUCGAUAGUCUGACUCCAGAAAGCCUGGUUUUUCAUUCUCCAAUCCUGUUGGAGGAAAAUAGCCCUUGUUUUAAAGGGAAUGAACUCUCUGUAACUGACUCACAAUUAAAUAGUUUUCUUCAAGGUUAUCAAACGCAAGAAAUGGUGAAACCAGUCACACCUGUGGUUCCUUGGAAGAGCUCUCCCACUGAUACCGAGGGAGAAUGUCUGCCUGGUCCUGAGAUAAGUUUGAAUAUGAGUGAUAGUUUACUGUUUGACAGUUUUAGUGAAGACUUCCUAGUAAAAGAACAACCACUAGAUGUACAAAUGAAAGAACCCCUUACUCCUGAAAUAACAUCAAAUCAUUUUAGUGAUUCUGUUUGUAUACAAGAGGACCCAGUGAAAAUAUCCAAUGUGAAUGAGCAUCAAGGCAUUUUGCAGCAGUUGACCUGUGUCAAUGAUGAAUCUAUUAUGUUUUCAGAAGUGGAUUCUGUUCAGAUGGUUGAAGCUUUGGAUAAUGUAGAUAUAUUUCCUGUCCAAGAGAAAUGUAAUUCUGUGGUAUCUCUUAAAGCAUUAGGUAGAAGUGAUUCAGUGAUUGUGAAUAAUGGGCAUCUUCAUGGAGAAGUAAUUGGAGGAGAUGAAGAUGAUGAAAAGGCUUCAAAGUCCAGGUUAACUGGGAGAAGGCAAAAUAAUUCAUUCGGAUGGUCAGGGGCAUCAAUUGACUUAAGUCCAGAAUUACAAAGGAUUUUAGAUAAAGUUUCCAGUCCUCUGGAAAAUGAGAAGCCAAAAUUAACAACUAUAAACUUGUCUAGUUUAAAAGGUAAAAGUACAGAGUUACAUGAGAGGAAAGAAGUGAUUUUAAAUUUGGAAACAAAUCAAGUACAGGCAAUUUCAAUUUUCCCUAAUAAUGAAGUAAAAAGCAAGAUUGAGGCAUUAGAGAGCAGUGCCAGUCAUGGUGAAACCUCAUUCCUCUUGCCUUGUAAAGAGGGCUUGAUAGCUGAUGAUAAUGGUCUCAUUCCUCCUACACCCAUUCCAGCAUCUGCUUCUAAGCUGGUAUUUCCAGAAAUCCUUGGAGCAUCUGUAAAAGUUCAGAAAACAAGUAACGCUUUACAGCCUGGUGAAGAUUGCACAUUUGGCUCAACUUUAGAUAAUAAAAAGCAAGAUUUAACGUUAGAGAAUAGAAACAAUUUCCAGGAGGACAGUCUUGUUAGAGACACAAGUUUUUCCCUGCAGUUGUCACAGGAUGGAUUACAGUUAACUCCAGCCUCGUGCAGUUCAGAAAGUCUGGCCAUCAUAGAUGUAGCAAGUGACCAAACUCUCUUUCAAACAUUCAUUAAGGAGUGGCAGUGCAAAAAGCGAUUUUCCAUCUCACUGGCUUGUGAAAAGAUUAGAAGUUUGACAUCUUCUAAAACUGCUACUAUUGGUGGUAGGUUUAAGAAAGUUAGCUCACUUCAGGACACACCUAUUAGAGAGGAUGGAUUUCCCCUUCAGGGCUCUGAUGACAUCCUGGUGGUUGGACUGGCAGUAUGCUGGGGUGGAAGGGAUGCCUAUUAUGUCUCAUUGCAGAAGGAACAAAAGCAUUCUGAGAUUAGUGCCAGUUUGGUACCACCUUCUCUGGAUCCAGGUUUGACUGUGAAAGACAGGAUGUGGCAUCUUCAGUCAUGCUUGCAGAAGGAGUCUGAUAAGGAACGUUCUGUCAUCAUCUAUGAUUUCAUCCAGAUCUAUAAGAUUCUUCUUCAGUCAUGUGGCAUCUCUCUGGAACAAAGUUAUGAAGACCCUAAGGUGGCAUGCUGGCUACUAGAUCCAGAUUCUAAGGAACCAACUCUUCAUAGCAUAGUUACCAGUUUUGUUCCUCAUGAGCUCCCGCUCCUAGAAGGAUUGGAGACAGGUCAAGGAAUUCAAAGCCUGGGGCUGAACGUCAACACUGAGCAUUCUGGGCGGUACAGAGCAUCAGUAGAGUCCAUUCUCACUUUCAGUUCCAUGAAUCAACUCAAUUCUUUGUUGCAGAAGGAAAACCUUCACGAUAUUUUCUGUAAAGUAGAAAUGCCUUCUCAAUACUGCUUAGCUUUGCUGGAACUCAAUGGAAUUGGCUUUAGUACUGCAGAAUGUGAAAGUCAGAAACAUAUCAUGCAAGCCAAGCUGGAUGCAAUUGAGACUCAGGCCUAUCAACUAGUCGGCCACAGCUUUUCCUUCACCAGUGCGGACGACAUUGCUGAGGUUUUAUUUUUGGAAUUGAAGUUGCCACCAAAUGGAGAAAUGAAAAUCCAAGGCAGCAAGAAAACUUUGGGUUCUACCAGAAGGGGGCAUGACGGUGGACGCAAGUUAAGGCUGGGGAGAAGAUUCAGCACUAGUAAGGAUGUUUUAAAUAAAUUAAAGGCAUUACAUCCUUUACCAGGCUUGAUAUUAGAGUGGAGAAGAAUCACUAAUGCUAUUACCAAAGUGGUUUUUCCUCUGCAGCGGGAAAAGCGUCUGAAUCCUUUUCUUGGAAUGGAAAGAAUCUAUCCUGUAUCACAGUCACACACAGCUACAGGACGAAUAACUUUUACAGAACCAAAUAUCCAGAACGUGCCAAGGGAUUUUGAGAUCAAAAUGCCAACACUAGUAGAGGAAAGCCCUCCUUCCCAGGCCCCAGGGAAAAGCCUGCUUCUCACCGGCAGAGGACAAAAUAAGAAGAAUUGCGUCCCAAACCCUGGACACCAGGCACAGAUGGGCAAGAAAGCUGCAGACAGAGGGAUGCCGUUUGCGGUGAGCAUGCGACAUGCCUUCAUCCCUUUUCCAGGUGGCUUAAUAUUGGCUGCUGAUUAUUCUCAGCUUGAACUGAGAAUCUUGGCUCAUUUAUCUCAAGAUUAUCGUCUCAUUCAUGUGUUAAACACUGGAGCUGAUGUUUUCAGGAGCAUCGCAGCAGAAUGGAAGAUGAUAGACCCACAGUCUGUUGGAGAUGAUCUGAGGCAACAAGCAAAACAGAUUUGCUAUGGAAUCAUUUAUGGGAUGGGAGCUAAAUCUCUAGGAGAGCAGAUGGGCAUUAAAGAAGAAGAUGCUUCUUGCUAUAUUGACUCCUUCAAGUCCAGGUACACAGGGAUUAAUCAUUUCAUGAAAGAGACAGUGAAGAAUUGUAAAAGAGAUGGCUUUGUUCAGACCAUUUUGGGAAGGCGAAGAUACUUGCCAGGAAUCAAAGACAACAACCCUUAUCAUAAAGCUCAUGCUGAGCGUCAAGCCAUCAACACUACAGUCCAAGGAUCAGCGGCUGAUAUAGUCAAAAUAGCCACCGUUAACAUUCAGAAGCAGCUAGAGACCCUCCACUCAACCUUCAAGUCCCAUGGCCAUCGGGAGGGAUUAUUACCAAAGAGAAAACUGCAAGGGAUGUUCUGCCAGAACAGAGGAGGCUUCUUCAUCCUUCAACUUCAUGAUGAACUUUUAUAUGAAGUGGCAGAAGAGGAUGUUGUUCAGGUAGCUCAGAUCGUCAAGAAGGAAAUGGAGAGUGCCAUAAAGCUUUCUGUGAAAUUGAAAGUGAAAGUGAAAAUAGGUGCUAGCUGGGGAGAGCUGAAGGACUUUGAUAUAUAACCUUGCAGUUGACUAAGCCCCAGGGAAGCCUGGUUCAGAUAUUGUCACCUGGGAAGAACAGAGACUGCCCUUUCACCUACUUCAUGAACACAAAUUCUCAGGUCUUGAUAGAUUUAGGAUAAUUUUGUAGUGAGGGUCUUUCUCUACAACAGUAAAAAAGAUGUUGAGGGUAGGGAGGAGGGUAAUAUACCAAGUUCAGUGAUUAUAUUCACUCUGAAAGAAUACCUGUGGAUUAGCCUUUUAUAAUUUAUUGUGGCUUUAAACAGGUUCCAAACGUAUGCUUGAAAUAUGCACUUAGCACUUAAGCUCCUUAUCUACCUGGUUGAAUAGGAAACCUCAGCCACAGCCUUAGAGGCAUCCUCAGGGGUCCUGGAAUCAGGCUCCCCUGGUACAGACCCAUCAGGGACCAGUCGGACGAGGAUGGCGUUCCAUGUACACCACCAGGGUUCAGCACUGUGUGUGAUGUUUUUCCUCCAAUAUUAAUUUAAAAGACUAAGGAAAUAGUAUUUUAAAUUAGCAUGGCUAAUAAAUUAUGAAUUCCAUGAAGUAGGAAGACUUGGAAUAGUUGGAACCUAAGAAUGAAUUUUUAUGAAAUGUUUAUUCUUCUCUAGUUGGUAGAAGGAAAACAUUUCCAAUACUUAUAUAUGCAUUAUAAAAUGAGCUGUACCUCUUCACAGGCACGUCCUGUUCUGUAAGAUUAGAUUUAUUGCAGCUGAGCAUAGCACUGCCCCUGUGACAUGGGGAGAAUACGCCUGCCGCAAAGACUGAACUUUGUAAUCCCAGUCAGAAGUAUAGAACUGAUCUGUUUUUGUUUUUUUUUGUUGUUGUUGUUGUUGACAUAAAAUGAAUUUAUGAGAAACUUCUUAAGAGUGGUUCCUUUUAUUAAAAAUUUUAU